UUUGUGGGUAGCUGUUACUUCCUUCAUGCUCGUCUCUAAAAACAGCUGCGUGACAAAGACAGAAGCAGACGGACGAGACUUUUACUUCGCCCAAGAUGUCCACAGGAAACCAACAUGUGAGAUACAGCAGAGGAGUCCGAGCGGACGGUGGAGAGAAAAACAAAGCGGAGAUCGGAGAGCUUGAAGCCCACGCCACCAGGACUGGGUCACAGAAAACCAGUCGGCGUGCUCGAAAGAAACAUUCAGCGAAGAGAAGAGACGUUCGAGUCAUCGCUGCAGUUCUGGGAACGUUUCUUCUGCUCACGCUGACUUCGACAGGACUCCGCUAUAUCUCAGUGACCGUGCAGAGAGACGAGCUCAAAAUAAAAUUGGAUGAACUAAAUGAGGAAAUGACCAAGUUGAAGAGCCAAUGCUCAGAUGAUCGACCCGAACGAAACGCAACUGAGAGAGGCUCUUUCACAAACAUCACUGAAGUGAACAACACCUCAAACGCGACUGAGAAAGGGAACGGCUGUCCUCCAGGAUGGGUGAAGGUCGGCUGCAGCUGUUACUAUGAAUACAUCAUAGUGUCCGCUUUGCAGAAGAGCCAAGAAGACUGUGAGAAGAAGGGAGGAAAUCUGACCGUUGUGAACAGCAUCGAAAAACAGAGAAUACUGGAGGGCGAAACGCCUAAAGAUGGCCUGCUGUGUGGCUCGGCGAUUGCUCCGCCGUGACGGGAGGAGCUCAUGAGAGCGGUCACAUCAAGAACUCGCGUGUGUGUGUAAACCCGACAAUUACUGCAAAUAUGGAAAGAAGCUAUUUUUAUUUUCCAAUUUAAUCGACUGAUUGACCUCCCUGAUGUUUAUUUAUCUGUGCGUUUCUUUCAUAUUAUUAUCAUCAUUACUAUUGUAUUUAUUUAUUGUUUCUGCAGACAGCUCUUUCUGGAAAAAAUGAUUUGAUUGAACUCUGUUUAAAUUAGGGAUUUAAUAAUAAUAAUAAUAACUUUUGAAAAAAUAUCUAUAAAAGUGUUUUUGUAAAUUUAUGUAUACAGCUUUCUGCAUCCUAAUUCUUUUCAAUCUAUAAACUAUUGCUGAAGUUAUUAAACUGAUCAGAAAUGA